AUGGUCAUGCCGUGCAAUAGUUUCGGCCUGGCCCUGCUCAAUGGAUGCGCAAUGCAAAUGUCGACCUAUUCUCCACGCUAUGGCAUCCUGUCCAACUUCCACUCACUCGACGCGGGGCGACUAUCUACUGUCUCCUCUUGUUGAGGACAUUUUGAUUCUACCACACGGUUAUAUGCUGGGCCAUACCAUGGUCUCUAUCAGCCGAGGUCCACCGACAAGGGUCACGGAAAACCGUCAUCUAACCGGAAAAGGAUUUGUGAAGAGUCACUGAAGGGUUCCUGGAGUCAGAGAAGAGUUUGUGUCUCUUUCAAUCCUCUAAACCAGAAUGCCAGAACAUGAACCAACAGCCAUGAGUUGCUCUUCCAAGAGCCACGCUUCAAAGAGAUCGGAGUUGUCAGUGGACGAUAUUGGUGUCACAGAAGAGGUGGAAGAAGAGGUCCAGUGCCCAAAGGACGAUGCUAUGUCCAUAGCAAAUUUCCGGGCCACGACAAUAUCUGAAGACGAAGAGAAUGGAACACCAGAGCCCAGGCCGCGGACCACUAUAUCAAGAACUACUUCGGUGACCCCGGAUGCUGUGAUUGUGCCUCGUCGCAACCGCAGAGGCCUGCUCAGCCAUCUUACCCUCAUUCCCGAAGUUGAAUGCGCCUACCACUAUGCCAACCGGACCAAAUGGAUUAUUACCAGCAUCGUUGCCUUCUGCGGGAUAGUUGGACCCAUGGGUUCAGCCAUCGUCUUGCCGGUACUUGGGGGCAUUGCAAAAGACUUUGACGCUUCACCGGUGAUCGCUAACAUGAGCGUUGCUGUGUAUAUGCUUGCUAUGGGCAUCUUUCCUUUGUGGUGGUCCUCGUUCUCCGAAACGGGUGGGCGACGCACGGUAUACAUCGUAAGCUUUGUGCUCAGCCUCGUGUUUGCAGUGCUUUCGGCUGUGGCGACGAACAUUUCCAUGCUCGUUGCGGUACGGACGUUCUCAGGGGGUGCAGCCGCUUCAGUGCAAGUGUUAGGCGCUGGCACAAUAGCCGAUAUCUGGGAAGUGAAGGAGAGAGGAAGAGCACUGGGAUUAUUUUACCUCGGACCUCUUUGUGGACCGCUACUCGCACCAAUUAUCGGUGGAGCUUUAGGGCAAGGAUUCGGAUGGAGAAGUACGCAGUGGUUUCUGGUGAUAUACGGGGCCAUCACACUCGUCUUGAUCAUUUUUGGGCUCCCCGAAACGCUACCCCCUGAGAACAAUAAACCCCGUUCAGCGACAACGCUUCCGCAACAUUAUCCCCCGACCACUGCUCCUGUUCAAGAGAAAGACUCCAGCAACGCCAGUCCCCAAACACUAACCCGCAUCUCGACCCGCGCCUCAGUCGCUCAAAACACCAAAUCUCUGCUCGUCAGCACCCACCGCAUCUUCAUCGAGCCGCUGCUCGUCCUCACGUGGCUCCGCUAUCCUCCGGUCGCCCUGACAGUAUACUACGCGAGCAUAACCUUCGGUUCCCUCUACUUCCUCAACAUCUCCCUCCAAUGGACCUUCUCCGCGGCACCCUACUCCUUCUCCACUUUCAUCCUCGGCCUCCUCUACAUUCCAGGAAGCCUGGGCUAUAUGGUUGCAUCUCUGACAGGCGGCCAAUGGAUCGACCGCAUCAUGGCACGCGAAGCCCGCAAAGCACAGCGUUACGACUCCCACGGCAAACUGAUCUACCGCCCCGAGGACCGCAUGAAGGAAAACGCCUGGAUCGCAGGCGCCAUGUGGCCCUUGGCACUCAUCUGGUACGGCUGGAGCGCCCAGUACGGCGUCCACUGGAUUUGUCCCAUGAUUGCCAACUUCUUCUUCGGCGUCGGGAGCAUGUUGGUGUUUGCAUUGGUGACAACGAUGCUCACAGAGAUGAUGCCGCGGCGGGCGAGUGCGGGUGUCGCGAUUAAUAAUUUCUGCAGGAGUUUGUUUUGUUUUGUUGGUGCGGUUGCGGCGGAUCCGGUUAUUCAGGCGAUUGGGAAUGGGUGGUUGAUGGUUAUCCUUGGGGGAGUGGGGUUGGUGAGUGGUGCCGGUGUUAUACUGGCAAUGGGGAGGUGGGGGAGUGUGUGGAGGGACAAGAUGGUGGAGGUGUUGGGGUGAUAGGGGAGGUUGGGGUAUGCAGACGGAGUUGGUGUUCUGAAAGGGAUGCGUUUGAGAUUUCGAUGCGAUGGGGUUGAGUCUGUUUGAGCUUGAAUAUGGGCAUGAGCACGAGCAUAGCGCGAGCAAGCACGGCGUUUUGGCGUGGCACAAGAUCUUUGUUCGUUUUCUCCGUCGUAAUCAGUUACCACUUCCUCUU